AUGUCAUACAUAAAAAAGAUGAGGAUAAGAAAAUUCUGUGGUCUGGUGGAGCUACAGAGAGGAGUAAUUCUGAUAACCACAUUUGCCCUGCUGAAUAAACUAUCGGGAUUUUUUGGAAUGUUUACAAUAUUUUAUGGCGGAGACACUAUAUCGAUCAUAUCAUUUUUCUAUUCAAUGGUCGUGUCGAUGGCAUUUGCCUACUUUCUCUAUUUCGGCGUGCUCAGGGAAGAUCCAAGAAUUCUCUACUUUUAUUCAUUAUUUUAUUGGAUGGAUUUGAUUGUAAAUAUCAUAUUCACGUUCACAUUUGAAGUUAUGUGGUAUCUUGUGAUGGAUCAUGCACCGUUGCGUCCAAAAAAAGAACGUGAUAAUGAUAAUACCAUCUCGCCACAAGGGACAUCGUCAUUGCCGGCAUGGAAGGUCGAAUCAACCAUAGCCAAUUUGAUUUUGGCCUCGGUGACGAUUGUACAUAUUUACUUUGGAUUCGUGGUUCAUGCUUACGCGCGUUUCAUUGAAAAACACCAUCAUUCAACUUCUCGGACCUCGAGUUUUACUUUCUUAAAACAAGAGGUUGAUAAUAAUCCUCUUAUAACUUCGAGAUAUACGUCGGUGGAAGACGACAUAGAAUCGCAAAUAUGA